AAAAAGUAAGAAUCAAUUAAAAAACAUCUGUCAAUAACAUAACCUCAAACUGAUUUUCAUAUAAAAGGUUACUAUAGUGGUUUAUCGAAGCAUCUGAUACUAAUUUUAGCAUUUAACGGGAAAUCAAUUUUAUUUCCAUGAAAAUGACUGACGAAAUCCAAAAGAAAUUUCAAAAAGAACUCGAAUUGUACAAUGGUGUGCAAAAAGAUAUUAAAAAGGCGAUAGGUCUGAAGCAGCAAUUAGACAGCCAGUUAAAUGAAAACAAAGCUGUAAAGGAAGAAUUAGCGCUAUUAAAGAAAGAUUCUGAAGUAUACAAACUGAUCGGGCCAGUUUUAGUAAAACAAGAUUUAGAUGAAGCGCGGACCAAUGUCAGCAAGCGUAUGGAAUACAUCAGUAAAGAGAUCAAAAGAACAGAUGAUCACAUAUCCGCGUUAGAGAACAAACAAGAGGCGCUGCAGGAGAACCUCAACAAGCUCAGGAAUGAUCUUGGGAAACUGAAGUUAAAAGCUUGAAAUUAAACAUCAUGAUUUAUUGCUAAAAUGUAAACCUAAUGCUAUAACGCCUUAAAUUAACAUAUUAUGUGUGUAAUAUUUUCCUAAUUAUAAAGUAUAGUAACUAUAUUUUGUUUUCUUUAGUGUUUGGAAACUUCAGAUAUUAUUCAUUAAAUAAAUAAAUUAGUAUCUUAGUAUGUGUGUUUACUAAAGGAUAUGGAUAGAAAAUAGAAAUACAUAUUUAUAAUAAGCAAUUAUUAGUAAAGUUCUAGUAGGUUUCCCACAAAUAUAACUUUUUAACCUGUUAAUACUUUAAAAAUUACUAAGCAAGAGUAGACUCUGAAAGGACUCUACAUCUUUUGUAAACAUAAAAGAUUACAAUAAGUACACAAUUAUGUUACUUUUAUUGUUAAAAAUCAAUUUAAUUAAAUACUAUUGUAUUCCUGGAUACUUAAGCUAAUAUAUUGGCCUACAAUGUGACACAUAAAAACAAAUGUGAAGAUGAAAGUGUACCUCAUCACAUGUAAAAAUGUAAGGUUACAUAUUAUCACCAUGACUGUACUUGUGUAUGGGAAAAGUGCAUUGCAAAAAGUACUUGCUCCCCCUGGAUUCAACAAAGUGCAAUAGAAACAUACAUUUGUAUAUAAGUAUGUUGAAUAAAUAGGAUUGGAUCAAAAGUUAAUACUUAAAAAAACUGGGUAUGCCCAUGCACACUCCUAAUACAAUUAUUGUCAUACAAUUUAUCUCCUCCAUUACCCACAGCAAUUAAAAGAAAAUUUCAAGUCAAGAUUUUAUUAGCAGUUGAAUACAUAGUUAAUGUUUUUUUUAAUUCAGUUUCUUUUAUAUCCAGCACCUAUGAAUGGUAACAUUAGUGACACGGAAUCUUGUACUAGAUUUUCACUACCUUAAUCCAUUUAAAAAAUAAACACUUUUUUAGAAA